AUGGCUUCCUUCACUUCUGCCACUUCUUCUAUUGUUGCUCCAUCUUCCACCUCCGCUGGGAGUCUGCUUGAUUUUCUGGCGAUUAUCCAGAAUCUCGUUACCCCACUCGACAGAGGCGGCACAUUACUAGGUAGUGUAACAAACCUACUUAAGCCCUUAGCGGCUUUUGGCUUUGAAGGAAGCUCUAUGUUGCUUUCUGAUGUUGUUAAUAGUGGUAAAGUCCUAAACUUCCUUAGAGUCGUCCAAGCUUUUGAUGCUCUGAUCUUCUGGGCCCACGUCCUAUCUAGAAGACUUGUUCCUGCUAGACCGACUCGUAGGUUUUCCCAAGCAGUUCCAUACUAUCUUAAAGUUUUCUUGAGUCACUUUAUCCUUGCUCCAGAUGUUCUAGGUUCUCCCAUCUUUCUACCUACUAUCACUUUUCCUGAGUCAUCUAUUGCCAAAGUUUAUCUCCACUAUGUUGACUGUGAACUAGAUAUGGAACUUCUGCUCCAUUUCAUCCAAUUGAUGAUUGAGUUACGGGGUAUUGACGUAUACCAUGUGAACGUCGGGCCCAUGAAAGUAUUCAGGAACAAUCUCAGCUUUAAUGUUGACUACAUUCCAUCCCUUAAGAACAAUGUGAAGUUAGGGAUCUUAUAUCCCCGAGGUUAUGGGUUGUCUCUGUCUAUAUAUUCUGGAUAUGGUUUUGAGAGGGUGGGGUGGCUGAUUGGCCUCAGCCCUGCUUCUUUAGUGACGACCACAGCAACAAGUAGUACAGCGCCACAUUUUCCUUUCUCUCCACUCUCUCGUCAUCAACUCACUCCUCGACUCGCAGCGCCGGCGUCAUCGUCUUCGGAGAAGGCACCGGUGCGGUUAUUGGGGACCUCCGUAAGGUGCAGAAGUGCUAUGGAUACACAUGAUUGGAGGGCUCAAUUACUGCCUCAUAUUCGCCAAAGCAAAGUCGAUGAAAUAAUGAGUACAUUAAAAUUGUAUCAGUCUCAUGAUGGUGAUGAUGGUGAAUUACUUGAAGUUCUAAAAAGUGCACAAGGUUUUGAGCAGAAGACUUAUGCUGGUGCAGCUAGCCAGGAAGAUUACUUACAGAAAAUAUCCUCAAUGUUGUUAAUAAGUCAAAAGUAUUGGAGGGCUGGACUGCACCCUGAUAGUCGCCGAAGAAUCGUCAACAAAAUAUUGGAAACAUUAAGAAGACAUCUUCCUGUUUCUGGCCAAGAGGGAUUAGAUGGACAUCGUAAAAUUGCUGCAAGAUUUGAGGAGAAGGUUUAUAAUGCAGCAACAAGUCAGCCUGAUUAUCUUCGGAGAAUAUCAUUGAAGAUGCUGUUAAUGGAAACUAGAGGCCAAAACACCAUAGCUAACUCUAUUCCAUCAAACUUUGGUGACAAUAGGGGUGGAUCUUCUGAUACAGGGUCUGUUACUGUUAGGCGGGCUCUUGGAGGGCAGGUGGCACCAUCAGAGGGAGAGAGAAAUGCUGCAGGAAGACAGUCUAUGAGAACAAGGAAGCGGCCUCAGUGGCUAGCUGACUUUGUCACCAAUCUAUAGAUAGCUGCAUUUUUUUUUUCGUCUGUUUUUUUAUCGAUAGCUGUAUUUCCAUAUACUCAUUGUCUCAUUUCCUCAGGCCAUUGCAAAUAAUGUGUACCAAAUGUUAUGUCCAGGCCACCAUUUCGAUUUUAGUGUCCUCUGCAUGUCCUCUGUAGUGUGUCGUUUUGCAAUAUUGGCUUAUAGGGCCUUUGAUGUAAUGACUAAUGAGAAGGAAUGCUUGCAUAGGAUUUGGAGUGGCUUUGGACCUUAUUCUUUGGUUGGAUAAGGAAAAAAAAUAGAGAACAAGUAAAAUUAAAAGAAAAAAUUUCUAAAAUAGUAAAAAAAAAUUAGUGUUAUUUUUUA